AGAGCUUAUAGGAUGAAUAGUAUGGUUAGCCAAGCAAAAAAUCUGGCCGCCGAAGGAGUUAACUUGACAAUGGAGAACUGUAAAAGUGAAACCUCUAUGGUUGAGAAGAGUACUGCUAGCUUUGGCAGCUACCAGAAUAAUGGCAACAUUAAAAUCAGAAAAUCCUUGUUUGUGAAGGUGAAUAUGGAUGGAAUUCCAAUUGGAAGAAAGGUCGAUUUGAAUGCCCAUGAAUCAUACGAAAAAUUAGCGAAAACUUUAGAAGAUUUGUUUCUGAAAACCACCCCAAGCGUCAAUCCGCCAUAUGAUUAUUGGAGCUUGUUUCUCUUUGAUGAAUGUUGUCAUGAUUUUGUGAUCAGGAUCAACGGCUCUAGAGCUUGGAACAUCCAUAUUACGAGGACGAGGAGGGGUGAUUGGAUGCUUGUCGGAGAUGUUCCUUGGGAGAUGUUCCUUAACUCCGUGAAGAGGCUUAGAAUCAUGAGGACAUCCGAGGCUACCGGAUUGACUCCACAGUUGCAAGAGAGGAACCAGAGACAAAGAAGUAAACACAUCUAGAGUAUUCAAUGUUGUUCUCUCAAGCAAUAUGCCAACACAAAAAUCAAAAAGGCACAGAAUAGUCAAAGCACUUUGACAGAGUAAAGUUAGAACUCCAAAGAAUCUCGGGUUUGUUUCUGGUUACUGUAUUAUUUUGUUACAUGUUUUCCUUGAUCUUUCGGUUACAGUCUCAAGUAAUAGUUACCAUACUUAUUGAAAGGUACCAAUGUAUCAGUUUUCAAUGC